AAUGGAAUAAUUGAUCGAUUAAAUUAAUCAAAAAUAGUGAAACUGAUCCUUACAAUUGAUUACAAUCCUCCAUCUCUAUAUUCCUCUAUCUAUGAUCGGAACACGGCUCUAGGUGCAACACCUGUUCAGUGUUCAUAAGUACCUAACUUCAGACAUGAAGCAUAUAUAUGUGACGCGAAGCAACGCAAAGUGAAUUAUCGAUACAAAUGAUUACACUGCAUGUUAGAGCGAGAUGAGAACGAAUUGGUACGACGACCGUUAUGGUAACACAGGGCAACGCGGCGGUAACGCUUUAGAGGGGCUUACAUUUUGACAGAGAAUCGUCGUGACUUUUGAUCGAGCAGGCAUGUUCAGGUACUUUUGGGCCUUGGUGUGCUGGUACUUCAGGCCUUUCAUAAAAUGGUUUUUGCGGCAUACCACGCAGAUGUGCGAGCUGCAGAGGGUCUGCUACGGACAGCCGUCCGGGGCGUUGCGUACUUUAGGCGUCGAAAAGUCUCUCGAAUUGUCGCGCGACGCGAAUAUUAGGACUCUCAUCGCAUACCUGAAUGAUAUCGUCGAUCACCGUGGAAUAACGACAAAAACGGAGCGCAAGAUCCUGGAGGAUGCCAUUAGAACUAUAUUAGUGACCAAAAGGAUCAAUCCCACGGCGCAUCCGGAUUUUGCCAAGUCAUUUGGCAAGUGCGUGGAACUGAUUUGGGGUUACCGUCAACUUUGCGUGGAAUGCGAAGAACUCAGAAAGACCUCAUAUAACGCAGACAAUCCACAUCAUGAGCAGAAGCUAUUGAAGUUGUGGAAUCUCCUGAUGCCAUAUGAACCCUUGGAAGCGAGAGUAACCAAACAAUGGCAAGAGAUUGGCUUUCAGGGGGAUGAUCCCAAGACUGACUUUCGUGGAAUGGGAAUUUUAGGACUAGAGAAUCUCGUUUACUUUGCUCAAGAAUAUCCCAGUAUGGCUACGCAUGUAUUGUCUCAUUCGAAUCAUCCACGUUAUGGCUACGGGUUUGCUAUAGUUGGUAUAAAUCUUACAAGUAUGGCUCUGAAAUUGUUGAGAGAUGGCAGCGCUAAGACUCACAUAUAUAAUUCCUCAAAGACCUUGCCGACGAUACGUGCCUUUCAUCAGUUUUAUUGUUAUCUAUUUUAUGAAUUUGAUGGAUUUUGGAUCGAAUCCAAGCCUAGUAAUAUGAUGGAAUUCUCAUCAAUACAAGAAAAGUUUGAAAACAGUAUCAGAAUGGCAUUAGCUAAUCCAUCAACUGUUUUCAGGAUAAAUGCGGCAGUUGACAAUAUUUAACAUGAAUACAAAUUGCCUUUUAUUUGUAAGAAACAAGACCAAAAUGGCUAUAUAAGGAAUAAGUACAAUUUUUAAACUGGCAUGAAGAACUCAUUUUUUGUUUUAUGUUUUCACAAUGUCAACUUUAUUGUGAUAUUAAAAUAGCAUUUAAGUGAA